AGUGGUCAAAUUCAUAGAGGUGGAAAGUCGUUCUUUCUACUCUGGUGGUUGCCAGGGGCUGAGGGAGGGUGAAAUGGGGCGUUUUUGUUCAAUGAAUAUAAAGUUUCAGUUUUGAAAGAUGAAAAAGUUCUAGAGACUGGCUGUACAGCAAUACUUAACACUUCUGAACUGCACACUUAAAAUUUGUUAAGAUAGUGAAGUUUAAGUUAUGAGUCAGUUACCACAAUUUAAAACAAUUUAAAGGGUGUUUCUUGGAUGUUAGCAUGAGGCAGUUAGUUGAGGAAAGAGCAUUCAGGAUGCAAGGGUUCAUCUAAGCUACUGAGAUUCUAAGUAAUCCAAAUUCUUCUAGCCCCUGAACUUCCAGUUCAGACUCAUCUAUCUAACUGCCUGCAUGCAUCUCCACUGGAAUGCCUAACAGGCAUCUCUAACUUAGACUCUGUCCCUCCCCAUCUUUCUAAUGUCAGGAAAUGGUGCUACCACCCAACUAGUUGCUCAAACUCAAAAUCAAGGACUCGUCCUUGACUUCCUCUAACUCCCUAUCUGGUCCAUUUUCAAGACUCCUUGUCUAAAGAUACAUUGUUCCCUCUUCCAUUGCACUAGCCCAAUCUGCCAUUAUCUCUCAACAAAGGCGGGCUAGAGCUCCUGCUUCCACACUUUCCUGCUUUUUGCCACACAGCAGUCUCUCCCAUGUGCUUUUAAAAAUGUAGGUCAGAUCUUUUCACUUCCUCUGCUUAAACAUUCAGAAUAAAAGUUAAAUCCAUGCCAUGGCCUAAAAGUCCCUUCAUGGUCUAGCUCCUGCCUACUUCUCCGACCUCAUCUUCCCCUUGCUCAGGGUCUCUACAUCUGUAAAAUGGCCACAACAGCAAUCAUCUCUGGGCCGGGGGCCUCACACAAAUUACCUCACAGAGUCCUUGCUACAACUCAACAAGGUACUUGUUGCUAACCCUAAGAUCAUCAUGAGACAGGCGAAAGUGCAUGAGGCUAGUGAACAGUAAGUGAUCAACAAAUGUGAGAGUCCCUUUCUUCCCUUUUAUCACAGUGGCGAGAGAGAAACCCUACAGCCCAGACAGGUCUACACUGGUCAGGGAUGGAACUGGAGCCAGAGCCAGCUGUCCUGUGUCCUCUCCCUUAGUCCAUUAGCCUAACCACCUGCCCGUAGAGGGCGCCGGAGCCCAGAAGGGUGAGCCCUCGCUCUCCCGUGGGACCCGUGGGUUGCUGAAAGAGUUAAGAUGCCUCUUCCCAAAUCCUGGCCCUCCCCAUCCCUGCAUCUGCCCUUGUGGGUUUAAUGAGAAAUCCAGGAGCUUCGUAAGAGACUGUACAAAUAACUUCGAGGGCGCCACUAACUCAUUCAGCAGAAAGAGACCCUGAGCUGCCAAUGCUUUAGGGCAGAUGAGUGGAAAAAAGGUGGUUUUUAUAGAGUCAGGCGGACAGCAGGAUUUUGCGCGGUUGAGUGUGAGCUCCGCCCCUGCAGCAGAGCCGAAAAAGCCAGGAUCCGGGCUCCUCAACCCCUCUCUUCACAACAUUUGAUUAGGAAUGUGGGGGCGGGCCCUGGCCUGGCACAGACACACACACUCUCAGUAGACACCCUCACUCCUCUCCCUCUCACACGCUCUCCAACCAAGGAGGCCAGACAGAGAGACGUGGUCAUUCUCUGAAAGGUUCAACUCGAGAGAGACAACAUGCAGUGGGCUUCCCUCCUGCUGCUGGCAGGGCUCUGCUCCCUUUCCCGGGCCCAAUAUGAGGAAGACUCCCACUGGUGGUUCCACUACCUCCGCAGCAACCAGCAGUCCACCUACUACGACCCCUAUGACCCUUACCCUUAUGAGCCCUAUGAUCCUUACCCCUAUGGGGGAGAGGAAGGUCCAGCCUAUGCCUACGGCUCUCCACCCCCACCAGAGCCCCGCGACUGCCCCCAGGAGUGCGACUGCCCCCCCAACUUCCCCACAGCCAUGUACUGUGACAACCGCAACCUCAAGUACCUACCCUUCGUCCCCUCCCGCAUGAAAUACGUCUACUUCCAGAACAAUCAGAUCUCUUCCAUCCAGGAGGGCGUUUUCGACAACGCCACUGGGCUGCUCUGGAUUGCUCUCCAUGGCAACCAGAUCACCAGUGAUAAGGUGGGCAAGAAGGUCUUCUCCAAGCUGAGGCACCUGGAGAGGCUGUACAUGGACCACAACAACCUGACCCGGAUGCCUGGCCCACUGCCUCGAUCCCUGAGGGAGCUCCAUCUCGAGCACAACCAGAUCUCGAGGGUCCCCAACAACGCGCUGGAGGGGUUGGAGAACCUCACGGCCUUGUACCUCCAACACAACGAGAUCCAGGAAGUGGGCAGUUCGGUGAAAGGCCUCCGGUCACUGAUCUUGCUGGACCUGAGUUACAACCACCUUCGGAAGGUGCCUGAUGGACUGCCCUCAGCCCUUGAGCAGCUGUACCUAGAGCACAACAAUGUCUACUCGGUCCCCGACAGCUACUUCCGGGGGUCGCCCAAGCUGCUGUAUGUGCGGCUGUCCCACAACAGUCUCACCAACAGUGGCCUGGCCUCUAACACCUUCAAUUCCAGCAGCCUCCUUGAGCUCGAUCUCUCCUACAACCAGCUGCAGAAGAUCCCCCCAGUGAACACCAACCUGGAGAACCUUUACCUCCAAGGCAAUAGGAUCAAUGAGUUCUCCAUCAGCAGCUUCUGCACCGUGGUGGACGUCAUGAAUUUCUCCAAGCUGCAGGUGCUGCGCCUGGACGGGAACGAGAUCAAGCGCAGCGCCAUGCCGCCCGACGCACCCCUCUGCCUGCGCGUCGCCAGCCUCAUCGAGAUCUGAGUGGCCCACGCACUGGGUGCGGGGCCAGAGCCCCCGUGCCCCUCUGCAUUUGGCUUGAUGGUUUGGUUUGGCUUUUGCUGGAAGGUCUGGGACAGAUCAUGUGACAGAAGUCCAUGGGCUCCCUCUACAGUUUUCUACCCUGUAGGCAAGUUCAGGUGGAAUCAGGGGACAGGCAGCCUUCUUCUGAGGGACAUGAAACUCUCCUUUCCAGGACAGAAGUGGUGGCAGACUUCUUCAGGGACUUCUGUCCCUGAAGUCCCAACCCCAGAAAUCUCAUUACCCGUUCUUCACAACGAUCUGGUGCCGUGAACCCUAAAAUUUGCUUGAGCAAUAGUACAUAACCUUACUUUUUAAACAAUCACUGAUUCUGUCUGUGAGCAGCGCUUGACAGCUCUGCCAUGUACUGGGCUAGUUGUGCAGUUACUCUGGGCUCCCACUCGCUGCUUCUCAGUAUAUACCUCUUUGGCCAACUGCCUCCUCCUAAGUCCACCUCAUCCACUCAACAUGGCCCCACAGACACGUCUUCUCUGCCUUGGGCAGAGGCAGGAGACCCCAAGGCAUGUGCUCAUCUGCCCGGUGCCUGUGCAGAGAACUCACACUCGCGUCUGAGGUUGGAAGGACACCAAGAGUCACCUCUACACCAGAGGUCACCAGUAUGAUGACCAUGUUCUUGGCUUGAUGUGGGAGGAGAAAAGCAAC